CAGAUAAAGCACACUACCGUGUACCUUAUUCAAUACACCGCAACACACACAUACGCACCCUAUACGGACACGGCGAAUGACGUCAGUGUCCCCGCGACCGCGGCGCGCGCGCGUUGUGUUGGUUUCUCCAAGAUGGCGGGGAGCGCGGAUGCGACGUCAGAGCCACAGACGCCGAGAACACGCUAUUGUGCGGUUUACGAUUGUACGCAUAAUCAUAAGACGCACCCGCACCUUGGUUACUUCGGGUUCCCGAAAAAUCAGGAAAGGAUUAAACUAUGGGCGGAGAAGAUUCGCCGUCCCGACGUAAUCCAGGCCGAUGGGCGCGUGUCGAGCUACUACCGCGUGUGCGAGGUGCACUUCCACCCGCGGGACAUCAACGCCAAGGGCAAGCGGCGGCGGCUGCAGAAGCGGGCGGUGCCCAUGCUGAGGCUGCCGCAUCGUGGGCCUUACGUGCACGUCGCUGAUGUAGCCGUGCCCACGCAGCUGCAGGUAAAAGGCAAGACGUUGGUAAAAAGCACGCUAGAAGUUUGCGAGUACGUCGGUGAGGUACCCAAACCGAAAACCAAGAAGAAGAAGAAGGUCCCUCAACCGCCAAAGCUACUCCCACUGCCCACACUUGAAAGAUUCUUCUCAGACUGCGAUCAGCAUCUCCCUCCGGACACGGCGGAGUUUGUCAAGCUCGUAGCUCGACUGCAAGUAGCCCAAGAUAACAACCUUUGUGUCAAAUUGCUUCACUCAAACCCCCAAGCGUAUCGUCUCCUGCAAGUCUCGCUGAGUCUGCCACCCGUGAGCGCGCUACAUCGCCACUGCGCGCCGCAACUACCUGAUUUCAACACUGCUGUCGGCCUCCUGAAAACUAGGGCUGAUCAAAUGACGGAUUUAGAGAAAUACUGCACUCUCGGCGUACAUUUUGUAGACGCAAGGGCGCUAGUGUAUUACAACAUAACUUUCGAUAGGAUUGUCGGAUUGCAUGAAGUCGACGGCACGCAGAAACCAUUGGUGGCCACUCGUGGGGUCAUUGUAACAGCAAGAGGACUGUUGACGAACUGGACGCAACCUGUUGCUACAGCAUAUAUCUGCGACCUCGGGAGAGACGACGAGACCUUUAAUCCCUGGAUUGACAAGAUCAUCGACCGCCUUCACAGCAUUGGACUGAAGGUGCACGCGUUGGUUUGCGAUCCUACAGAUCCUCCCUACCGGGAGGUUACGCCUGAAGAGCCUUUCUUCUUCGUCGGUAAUACCAAGAUCUACCUCCUCUACGACCCACCUCGCUUAAUGAAGAAGCUGCUUUGUGAGUUUAUGGCCUACGAUUUUCAUUUUGACAAGACGAGGGCAACAUGGAGCGAUAUACAGAAGUACAGAAAGAUGGAAAGGAUUAAAGCUUUGACGUUAACACCUAGUUUGACGGACGCAAGCAUGAAGCCUGCCGCAAUGUGUCUUAUGAAGCCUCAGCGAGCCACGCGCCUCCUGUCCCGUGCACUUGCCACAGCUCUAACCGACCGCGCCGAACAGGGCUGUCUCAGUGACAGCGCACGAGCCACCGCUAACUUCAUUAUCAAAAUCAACAACCUCUACGAUCUCUUGAACACCAACACAAUGAAAACCAGUUCAGAGUUCCAAAAGGGACUGUCGCAAGACUCGAAUCAAGUCGGUUUCCUCACAUACAUGAAGACGUUUUUCAAAUCGUUAAAGUUGGAAGAUAGCUCCGGUUUCGAUAAAACCGCAACUAGGAAGCUCUCCAACAGCUGGCAAGUGACGAUCGAGGCCGUGCUGGCGCUUCAGAAGGACUUACAACCGCUGCGACCUUACUUACUGACACGCAACUUACAUUUGGAUGACAGCGUAGCUGAGAGAGCGCGGCGCGCGCUGCGCUCAGGCUUUCCAAGCUGCCAGCAGAUAUUUAGCGCUUUCAAGAAGCAGUUCUUUAAUGAAAUGCUGCAGCCCAGCUUAAAAAACGUUGAUUUAAACGUUCUACUGGCACAAGUCGUAAGUGACGCUCCCAAUGGUCCUAUAAGCAAUCCUAUGGAAAUAAACGAUGAUUUACCUGUAAAACCAACCGACUACCGACUUCUGCUGCCUAAGAAGCACAGUCUCAUGUCAGUAGCAAAACACUUACUUCGCGCGGCAUCCCGCGUUCACGGCGACUGUGCUCUUGCUGUUGAAUAUUUGAAUUCCCCGCCAGAGCCAGACUUCCUCCAACUUGUACAAAAUUUGGACGAGGCCUUGACGAGUGCUCUGAGGGAAGGUGUUGACGCUGGUGGCCUCCUGAGGGAGCUGCUCCUGGACGUGCACGUGCUGGACUGCGCGUUGCCGUGCGCUUGCUUCCCGCUCGAGUACCUCAAGAGACUGUUUUUCCGUCUACGGCUGUACGGCAUCCUUAGGCAUAACCAGAAACAUUUCAAAAGAGGCGAUUCUGAUCUUUUCUUUAACAAUUUAGAAUAACUUAAUCAUUUGGCACUUAAUGACUGCUGUGAAAUUAAUAAAUUUGAUUUGUUAUUCGAUUCAUGUUGUAACUUGAUUAAAGGUAUAACUUUAAAAUUGGCUCCUUAUUAACAUUACGAAGCGUCAUUUUAUGAAUAUGGUCAGGUGGGGUAAGAAAAACUUAGUUUAUUUUGCUCGGGGCAAGAGAAACCGUGUAAGGAAAUUCCUUCCACGUAAAUACUAUUUAUUUCCGUACAAAUGUUUCUCUUGCCCCAUAUAGUUUAUCUUACUCCAUCUAACCUUACUUUGUUUAGUUAAGUUAAAGGUUCUGUGUGUGGGUGUGUGUGGUGCAGUAAAGUAUAAAAUAAAAUAAAUAAUAAAAUAAAAUUUAUUUCGUUAAAAUACACGUCUACAAUUGUUACAAGUGUUGAGCCCUCCUAGUAGGUAUGAAGACACCUGUGUCAGGAGAACUCGCUCUUUCUGUUAUGGUAAGUACAUUUAUUUAUUUAUUUUACCCACUAGUUUUAUAUA